AUGCAAAUGAAAAUCGCGCAACAGCCUCAGCUAAACGCCGUGGAGGAAAGGAAGUUCAAGCGACAGCGGCUGGCCGGUUCGGACGCGACCCGUGCAGGCUUCACGCUAGAGACGACGCUUUCCAGGCGCGAGAGGCGUUCGGUGGCCCGGGGCUGGAGCAAGAGGAAAGGAAGGCUUCGACGGGACUUCGACAAGCGGGGCUCGUAUCUCGGCAACCGGAUCUACGAGCUGACAUCCCAGAUCGAGAGCAAUGAGCACCACAUUCGGCGCAUUGAGGAAGCUAUGGCGGAGCAAACCUCGCGAGUCUUCUCGCCCCUCUCCCCCCCUCGCCCAUCGAAGGAAAUGCAGACGUGGACCCACGGGCGUGUACCGAGGGCGAGGACAACCAGGCACUCGGCGUUGACGGUGUUGAAGGUGGAGCGGAAGCGCGACCUGCGGCAACUGGAACUCGCGCAGCAGGCGAAGAGCUUGUCGGAUGAGUCGUACACGACGAUCCCAGCGGUGAAGGCAGCAGAGGCCAAACGGUUGGAGCUGUUGAACGAGGCCUUGCGUCGUCGACACGAGUCGUCGCUCUGGCGGAUCGCGGCGAGAGUAAACUCCGCUGGCUUGCGGGUUUACGCGGCAUCGACAAUCCUGGGGUGGCUCAGGGACUUUCGGGGGCACGGUGGUUUCAAGCGAGAUUCAAGGGGGGUGCACGAGAGGGACUGGAUCAUGUCGGAAGAGGACCUCAAGGAUGAGCUCAUCAAGUGGAUGAGGACACAGAAGCGCCUUACGGUCAAGGACGUCCAGAACUACAUCAACCAGUGGCUCUUUGCCUACGAGAUCGGGGAUUUAUCCAGACUCCUUUCGUACCAGGUGAACCUUCCCGUGUCCAUGGCCACAACCCACUCCUGGAUGAUCGCGCUGGGGUGCAAGUACGAGCGGGCUACGAAGUCUUUCUACACGGACGGCCACGAGAAGAAGGACGUGGUGGUGUACCGCGGCAAGUACAUCGACGUGAAGCGGAAGCUCGCCCUUCGGCAACCGUUGCGGGUGCGAGUUCAACGAUACACUCUGACGCCGGAGGAGCUUCAGCGGCUUGACGGCAUCAAAGGUCCGGCGGAGGAUUUCUGCGCAGAGGUGAACCUUCCCGUGUCCAUGGCCACAACCCACUCCUGGAUGAUCGCGCUGGGGUGCAAGUACGAGCGGGCUACGAAGUCUUUCUACACGGACGGCCACGAGAAGAAGGACGUGGUGGUGUACCGCGGCAAGUACAUCGACGUGAAGCGGAAGCUCGCCCUUCGGCAACCGUUGUGGGUGCGAGUUCAACGAGACACUCUGACGCCGGAGGAGCUUCAGCGGCUUGACGGCAUCAAAGGUCCGGCGGAGGAGUUCGGCGCAGAGAGGGGCGCGAGUGCAUCGAGUUCCACGUCGAUCUCCUGCGGGACAACGGCUCCGUCGAUCGAUUCGACGAUCUCCGUGCUGAACUUGNUUCAGCGGCUUGACGGCAUCAAAGGUCCGGCGGAGGAUUUCUGCGCAGAGGUUUACGAUUGCGUGGUAGAGGGGCGCGAGUGCAUCGAGUUCCACGUCGAUCUCCUGCGGGACAUCGGCUCCGUCGAUCGAUUCGACGCUCGUCGUGCUAAACUUGGACCGGAAGGAGGGCACUACAGCGUCCGCUUCGAAGAAGCUGCUGCUCUUCCAUGCGAGCAUUUUCACACCCCGGCCAAGUGCAAAUGCAACAGGAAGGUGCGCCACAUCGGACAGGACGAGAGUGUCUACAAGGCGUAUGCACGCGAGGGCAAGGAGUGGGUUGUCCAAGGGGUACGCGGGUUACGUAAAAAAACCGAGGGCCCGGGAGAGAUGGUGUCUGCCUUUCAAGAUGAGAGGCACGGCUUUGGCUUGCCGUUGACGGACGACGUGCUGCAGGCGGUGAACGCGCGUCGCAAGGAGAAGGGCAAGGAAGUCCUGACACGAAGCCCUGGCCUGCGGUUUCUCCAGUACGGGAAGAACAAGGAUGGAUACUGGGGAUACGACGAGUUCAAGGAACAGAUCGAGGACGUCUUGGACGUCUUGGACGUCUUCGAACCCGACAUGCAAGUGGUGGUUGAGAUCGACCACUCUUCGGGGCNAAAGGUGCGCCACAUCGGACAAGACGAGAGUGUCUAUAAGGCGCAUGCGCGCGAGGGCAAGGUGGGUUGUCCAAGGGGUACGCAGGUUACGGAAAAAAACGAGGGCCCGGGAGAUAUGGUGUCUGCCUUUCAAGAUGAGAGGCACGGCUUUGGCUUGCCGCUGACGGACGACAUGCUCCAGGCGGUGAACGCGCGUCGCAUGGAGAAGGGCAAGGAAGUCCUGAUACGAAGCCCUGGCCUGCGGUUUCUCCAGUACGGGACGAACAAGGAUGGAUACUGGGGAUACGACGAGUUCAAGGAACAGAUCGAGGNGAAAAAAAACGAGGGCCCGGGAGAGAUGGUGUCUGCCUUUCAAGAUGAGAGGCAAGGCUUUGGCUUGCCGUUGACGGACGACGUGCUCCAGGCAGUGAACGCGCGUGGCAGGGAGAGGGGCAAGGAAGUCCUGACACGAAGCCCUGGCCUGCGGUUUCUCCAGUACGGGACGAACAAGGAUGGAUACUGGGGAUACGACGAGUUCAAGGAACAGAUCGAGGACGUCUUGGACGUCUUCGACGACUUCGAACCCGACAUGCAAGUGGUGGUUGAGAUCGACCACUCUUCGGGGCACACAAGGCAGCGGGAGGAUGGAUUGCAUGCGGGGAACAUGAAUGUCAAGUACGGGGGGAAGCAAAAGGGAGUUCACCGAGGGGGCAGAGGUCUACGANAGAAGAUGUACAUCUCCAACGGCAAGUGGAGCACUGAGUCCACCGAGGGGGCAGAGGUCUACGACAUGAAGCUCAAGGUUGGCGACACACNUUUGGACGUCUUGGACGUCUUCGAACCCAACAUGCAAGUGGUGGUUGAGAUCGACCACUCUUCGGGGCACACAAGGCAGCGGGAGGAUGGAUUGCAUGUGGGGAACAUGAAUGUCAAGUACGGGGGGAAGCAAAAGGUGUUGCGGGAUACAGUCAUGACAGAGGGGUGUUUGGGACCGGAAGAGGCGAAGAUGUACCUCUCCAACGGUAAGUGGAGCACGGAGUUCACCGAGGGGGCAGAGGUCUACGACAUGAAGCUCAAGGUUGGCGACACACAGACCAGCACGUUUGCGGCAGGUUCUCCACCUCCCUUUUACGAGUGGGAUGCGCCGCGCAAAGAUGUGAAGGUCGCGCGCAAGGCUAAGCGCAAGAGCAAAGCGGGAGCGGGGGUUGGCGCAGGCGAUGAAGGGGCAACUGAUGGGGCUGGAACAAAACCUAUGGAUAUGAUUAAGGAAGGGUACGAAGGGAAGGCAAAGGGCUCGAAGAAGUACCUGUGGGAACGGGGAUGGUGGAAAGAGGGGAUGAAUGCGUCAGUNGGAGGCGAUGAAGGGGCGGCUGGUGGGGCUGGAACAAAGCCUAGGGAUAAGAUUAAGGAAGGGUACGAAGGGAAGGCAACCGGCUCGAGGCAGUACCUGCGGGAACGGUGGUGGUGGAAAGAGGGGAUGAAUGCGUCAGUGGGGAUCGCUGACGAGAAGAACGUCGAGAAAGUCUUGCAGGCACUGACGGAUUUUGAGAGUGAGAGGACGGCGCUGCAGUACUUGGUCGAGAGCAGGGGACACAUACUUUUGUUGUCUCCGAAGUGUCACCCAGAGGUAGCGGGGGUAGGGAUCGAGUACUCGUGGGGGUUUUCCAAGCAGAGGUUUCGGCGGAAGUACAACGACGAAGUCCCGAAGCACUUGCACGCCAACAUCGAAAAAUCGAUGUGCAGGGAAAAGCAUUUGACGAUCGGUCGGGUGCGACGCUUCGCCCGGCGUACACGGGACUACUGCCGAGCUUACNAAUGGAGCUGGUCGAGAAAAUGCGCGACACCCAAAAGGCUCACCGCAACAUACUGGACNGUGGAAAGAGGGGAUGAAUGCGUCAGUGGGGAUCGCUGACGAGAAGAACAUCGAGAAAGUCUUGCAGGCACUGACGGAUUUCGAGAGUGAGAGGACGGCGCUGCAGUACUUGAUCGAGAGCAGGGGACACAUACUUUUGUUGUCUCCGAAGUGUCACCCAGAGGUAGCGGGGGUAGGGGUCGAGUUCUCGUGGGGGUUCCAAGCAGAGGUUUCGGCGGAAGUACAACGACGAAGUCCCGAAGCACUUGCACGCCAACAUCGAAAAAUCGAUGUGCAAGGAAAAGCAUUUGACGAUCGGUCGGGUGCGACGCUUCGCCCGGCGUACACGAGACUACUGCCGAGCUUACCGCGAAACACAGCUGGGUGCGGUAGACGGCCAGGGAAUGGAGCUGGUCGAGAAAAUGCGCGACACCCAAAAGGCUCACCGCAACAUACUGGACAUGGAGCCCGGUUUCCUUGGCAAGCAGUGACCUUGGCCGGCCGGCCGGAAGGGGCGGGGUACAUUGUACUGUAGAGAGUUACAUAUACAUGUUGAAGAUUGUAUAGGUGUGGUUGUGCGCAAAUAUCGUGCGGUGCUGCCGUAAAAACCUGCUUUUUUGCCGGUCGAGUUGAGACAUAUUUGUUUGAGUUGGUGCACGCGCAUUUUGGCGUCGUGAGCUUUUAAUACAUGUUUCACAUCAUCACGCCCAGUAGGUACAACUCAUGUACGUCAUGGGCUGGUAGGCAGCGUCAGUGUGGCUCCCCCCAACUACACCGCUUUCGCACACGUCUCUACGGUCCCUAGACCCCUCAUNCGGGGUACAUUGUACUGUAGAGAGUUACAUAUACAUGUUGAAGAUUGUAUAGGUGUGGUUGUGCGCAAAUAUCGUGCGGUGCUGCCGUAAAAACCUGCUUUUUUGCCGGUCGAGUUGAGACAUAUUUGUUUGAGUUGGUGCACGCGCAUUUUGGCGUCGUGAGCUUUUAAUACAUGUUUCACAUCAUCACGCCCAGUAGGUACAACUCAUGUACGUCAUGGGCUGGUAGGCAGCGUCAGUGUGGCUCCCCCCAACUACACCGCUUUCGCACACGUCUCUACGGUCCCUAGACCCCUCAUUUUCCUACAUAAAAGGUGUGCCCCUGAACCCAGGUUCUGAGGCCAGGACGAAAUUCUGGAUUUCCCGCGCUGUUUUUUCGAAUUAGAACCUGAAAUUUCGAGACGGCAUCUGCAUGAGUACAACAACAAAAAAAAAGCCACUGCGCCAUUUGGAUUUUU